AUGUCAAUAUCGCUUUUAUAUCGAGAGGCUGAUGAUGACUCCAUGGACAAAAGCUUGAAAUCUAACAUCACAAAAACCCUUAGUUUAACUGACAAAGUAUGGUUGAUCUUGCGAUCCACAAGCUUUAAGGGCCAACAUGUCGUCCAAUCCACUCUUAGAACUUGUCAAUCUGGUAAACUAAUGAUUCGUGGAUUCCUAAGCUUCAACAGUAGAAGAAAAGUGUGUCCUUUCGACAUUCAGACAUCCAAUUCGGUGUUAAGUCCUCGUAGUGUUGCAAAAGACAACAACAAGGGCUCAGAUGAGUGCAAAACUCCAAGAGCCCAUUUAACAAAUGAAACUUUACAAUCCCCAGAGCUGGAGGAGGAGGCUGCUAUCAGGUUGCAGAAAGUCUAUAGAAGCUUUAGAACAAGGAGACAACUUGCAGAUUGUGCAAUCAUCGUAGAGCAACAAUGGUGGAAGGUGAUAGAUUUUGCAUUGCUCGAGCAAAGUUCUGUGUUGUUUUUUGACCUGCAGAAGCAAGAGUCAGCAGUUUCUCGAUGGUCAAGAGCGAGAACUAGAGCUGCAAAGGUUGGCAAAGGCUUAUCCAAAGAUGAAAAGGCUCAAAAACUUGCAUUGCAACAUUGGCUAGAAGCGAUUGACCCUCGACAUCGAUAUGGACACAAUCUUCAUUUCUACUACGACCAUUGGCUCCAGUGUUUUUGUGGACAACCCUUUUUCUACUGGCUUGAUGUGGGUGAAGGAAAAGAAAUUAACCUUCAAGAACAAUGCCACAGACAAAAGCUUCAACAACAAUGCAUAAUGUAUCUUGGACCAAGAGAAAGGGAAGCCUAUCAAGUUAUCAUUACAGAUGGAAUAUUCAUGUACAAGCACAAUGAACAGAUUCUAAACACAAUUGAUAGCCCAAAUGAUGAAAAGUGGAUCUUUGUUUUAAGCACCUCAAAAAUAUUAUAUGUUGGUCAAAAGAAAAAAGGUAGAUUUCAACAUUCAAGUUUUCUGGCUGGCGGAGCGACAUCAGCUGCAGGAAGAUUGGUCAUAGAACAUGGAAUCCUCAAAGCUGUUUGGCCUCAUAGUGGGCAUUACCGGCCUACAAAUGCAAACUUUCAGGAGUUCAUGAGCUUUCUACAACAACAUGGUGUCGAUAUAGCUGAUAUAAGGGUGAACAUUCCAAUUUAA